GCUGGUUCCGGGGCGGGCCGGGCAUGGCGCUGGCCGGGGACGAGCCCUUCAGCCCCUCGGUGCUGGGCACCAGGGAGCACUGGGAUGCUGCCUACGAAAGAGAGCUGCAAACUUUUCAAGACAUUGGAGAUACCGGGGAAAUCUGGUUUGGAGAGGAAAGCAUGGUGCGCAUAAUCAGGUGGCUGGAAAAGCACAAGGUCCCCCUUGACAGCUCUGUGCUUGACAUUGGGACUGGCAAUGGUGUUUUACUGGUUGAAUUGGCAAAGUCUGGCUACAUGAAUCUCACAGGGAUUGAUUAUUCACCUUCUGCAAUACAGCUUUCAGAAAAAGUAAGAGACAAAGAAGGGAUGUCUAACAUUAAAUUAAAGGUAGAAGACUUCCUGGCCCCCUCAGCUGAGCUGUCAGGCUUUGACAUUUGCAUUGACAAGGGGACUUUUGAUGCCAUCAGCCUGGAGCCCAGCGACGCGGCGGGGAAGCGAAGGCUGUACGUGGCCUCCCUGGGCAGGGUGCUGAAACCAGAGGGCUUCUUCCUCAUCACCUCUUGCAACUGGACCAAGGAGGAGCUGCUGGACCAGUUCAGAGAAGGAUUUGAAAUUCUGGAGGAGCUGCCAACACCCAAGUUUUGCUUUGGAGGAAGAAUUGGAAACAGUGUUACAGCAUUGGUUUUCCAAAGGAAAAAAGUGAGGCCAUCCGUCUUGGACAAAUUAGAUUAGAUGAGAAAAGUCUGAACUUUAAACCUGACAGAAAACCUCAGACACGUGUGUAAAUAAAUGCUUUUGGAGUGCACAGUAAAAUACUAUGUAUGGAGCUCUGAGGGACUAUAAAACAUUGCCCUAGAAACAUUUCAGCUUUGCAUAAUUUGCCCAUAAAUUGUGUCCUUGCUACAACCUCACUUGUUUCAGGGAAGCUGCAAGUUUGCAAGAGAGAGGAAAAUCAGAUGUGCUAAAUACAGAGACCAAUAUAACUGAAUUACAUUUGUGUUUGAAAUAUAAAGAUUGUCUGAUAUUUCAUUUCUGUGCUGGUAAGCAGUGACCUAUAGAGGUAAAGGUAUCCUACAAAGCAAAAAUCUCAUUUCUCUGUUGUGCAGUGGAAUAGGGAACACGCUUUUGCAAUGUAAGUGCUGGCUCUUUAAUGAACACGAGGGUGGCUAGUAGGGAGGGAAAUGAAUACAAAAUCCACAGCACUUUCCAAAAAGGACCAGUUGGUACUUUAAAUUCAGAUUUUCAGACUUAGCAUAAUUGUGUCUCCUCUGAAGCAGCUCAGCUCUUUUCCCACAGAGGGAGUGUUUUAAGUCUCCCUUUCCUGAGUGUGUUCAUGCCUGGUCAGUUCCUUUCCCUGAUCUCAUGAAUACAUAAAGGUGUGAUGUUGCAGCCUCUGGUGUGUGACAUGUGCCUCCUUCAUUAUUAACCUGCUGUAUGGGAAUGUCUUUGGAGCCACAAUGACAAGAAGUUUUCCAGUGAAUUUCUCAGGGUGGAUUUUAACUGCAUAAAUCCAAAAGAAUUCAAAGCAUAACUAUCCAUUCCUUGUGCUUUUUUUUUUAAACAUGUAUUCUUUAAACUUCUGUGUGCAAUCCUUUUGCUCAAUUUCAUUGCCUUUAUUUCUUCUGUUUUGUAAUCUCAGAAUACUGCUGUUGCUUGAAAGGCAGGAAAAUGAGAUUUCUUCAUGCCUCGACAAACACAUUUGCAGGUGACAAUAAACUUGUUCUUUCAAACAUCAAGGAGGCCCUCUUAGGCAAUCAGGUUUUGUUUCACAGGCAAGGUCAUGUUUGCUUAUCAGGGAAUUGCUUCUCCUACUUUCCAUGCUUCUCCUCAUUCCCAGGGCUCAGGAGAUCUUUAAGGGUCAAUAAAUAUUUCCAGUCCUUUCCCAGGAUAGGAAUCAAGCCAUUCUUUUGCACAGUGGUGAGUCCUCCCUCUGUGAUCCAUCUGUUGCUGUUUUCAAUAUAGGAACCUUACUGCUGCAUCUUUUUUGCAAAAUGAAAUAUACUCAACUGGGAGAAUGGUUUAUCAGCAGUGCUGAAAAAAUUCAGUCCCAGGAUGAUUCUUUGGAUAUUUGGUCAGAGUUGGGUUCUAACCUGAGUGCCAAAAGCAAGGGCUUGUUACCAUUUGUUGUAGUUCUGUGUUCUGCCCCUGCCCAGCAGCCAGCUGGAAUGCUAGGAAAUGUAACUGGGAAUCCAAACAGAGAUUUUUUUUUUAGCAUAGUAGCACAAAGGAUUGAAAGUACACUACUGAUAACAGCCUGAGUAAAAAGCCUGUGACAUUUUUGGCAUCAGGUAAAGUUAAUACAAGGAAAUUUUAAUUUUCAAGGACUCUGGCAGGAUGUGUUUUGGGCAUCUGUUUUAUUCCCAUCUGUAAAUUUUGCUAAUGAAGUCAUGAUGUGUAUUUAAUCAUGGGAUGAAAAUAAAAUCAGGACUGUCAUGGA